AGCUUAGCUUUUUCUUCCGCAAAUCUUUAUUCUACUUCCCUCCAUUCAUUCCUUUGCUAUUGCUCCAUAUCACAUAGAAGUGUAUCAUCCAUCAUCUUCAUUGCACGAAGCUUGAUUUACAGGUCCAACAAUGGCGGCAACCGUAGCAGCAAUGGCCAUGACCAGCGCAAAAUGCUUCAAUUCAUCAAAACUCCCCAGCCCCACCAAGCUAUCCUCCAAACCCGCCUCUCUCCUUUCUUUGCAAAACCUCCCAAAGGGCCUAACCUCUGAAACCACCACCGUCUCCACAAACCCAUCAACCACAUUCGCCGGAACCGCCAUUGCCGGGGCUGUAUUUGCCGCUCUGAGCAGCUCCGACGCGGCCUUGGCAGCCCAACAGAUCGCUGAAAUAGCAGAUGGAGGGGAUAACAGGGGGCUAGCUCUGCUGCUACCAAUAAUCCCAGCAAUAGCAUGGGUUCUGUUCAACAUUCUUCAGCCAGCACUGAACCAGCUGAACCGGAUGAGAAGCACCAAGGGGGUGAUCGUUGGGUUAGGGCUCGGUGGUUUGGUGGGGUCAGGCCUCUUGGGGUGGGCCCCAGAGAGUUCAGCUGCUGAGGUGGCAACCAUUGCUGAGGCUGCAAGUGACAACAGGGGCCAGCUUCUGCUGUUUGUGGUGGCACCAGCGAUUCUGUGGGUGUUGUAUAACAUAUUGCAGCCUGCUCUCAACCAGAUCAACAGGAUGAGAUCUCAGUGAGUUUUGGUUUGUGUUGAUGAUGGUAAGAGGGGAUUUUUGUGGAAUGUAUAAAAAUUAUACAGUUUCAUCUUUGUGACUUGUAUUGUAAGGUACUGAAUGCCAAGGAUUAGCUUUUGAUUCUCUAAAUAUGCACUUUAAAGCCAA